CACUUUCUUUCCAGCCUUUUCUUGCCACCCGUCAAUCAAAGCUGCAGAGGCAACCAAUGGGAGCCUUGGGUGGGCGGGGCUUCGCGGGCUCAGCCAAUGGGAGGGAGCGGGCCGGCUUGACGGGCGAAGACGAAGGAGAAGCCGAGUCAGGAGGAGGGCGCUUCUCCCUCCGCCAUUGAUUUGUGACGCGGGAAGGCGGCGGGGGAAGGAGAGAGACAGAGAGAGAAGCGUAACGGUGAGGAAGAUGGAAGCGAGAGGAGGGCCCCGCCAGAGGAUCUUGGAGAUAAUAACAACAACAACAACAACUUUAUUCUUAUACCCCGCCCCAUCUCCCCGAAGGGACUCGGGGCGGCUUACAUGGGGCCUUGCCCAGACACAACAAUAUAAAAGCAAAACAACAAUGGGGACAUGAGGGUCCCAUGGAGCCACCACUGGUGUGAUGAGAAACAAACCAGCUUCUAGUGGAUAUUGAAGAAUUUGGAAACUAAAGUCCGGUAAUGACACCAGUCCUGUAGGAAAAUAAAUCUUCCCAAGGUGCGGAUCUGGUUGAAUUCUUAAACUCCCUUUCGAUCGGAAAUGGAAACACAAGAAUCAAGUGUCCAUAAUACAAUUGUAUGUACAUAACACUGUCAACAUGGAGGAGAAAACAUAUAAAUGUACUGAAUGUAAAAAGAUUUUUGGUCAGCUUGCAGCUCUGAAGAGACAUCAAAGGACUCACACUGGGGAGAAACCCUAUAAAUGCCUGGAGUGUGGAAAGAGCUUCACUCUGAUUGGAAGUCUGCAUUCACAUCAAAGGAUUCACACGGGGGAGAAACCCUAUCCGUGUCUAGAGUGUGGAAAGAGCUUUGCUUGGAGUGGAUCUCUAAGUUCACAUCAAAGGACUCACACGGGGGAGAAACCUUAUAAAUGCCUGGAGUGUGGGCAGAGCUAUACUCAGAGUGGAAAUCUACGUUUACAUCAAAGGACUCACAUAGGAGAGAAACCCUAUAAAUGUGUGGAGUGUAGACAGAGCUUUACUCAGAGAGUAAAUCUACACACACAUCAAAGGACUCACACGGGGGAGAAACCCUAUAAAUGUCUGGAGUGUGGACAGAACUUCACUCAUAGUUCAGGUCUAUGUUCACAUCAAAGGACUCACACAGGGGAGAAACCCUACACAUGCCUGGAGUGUGGAAAAAGCUUCACUCAUAGUUCAGGUCUACGUUCACAUCAAAGCACUCACACUAAGGAGAAAUCCUAUACAUGUCUGGAGUGUGGGCAGAGCUUUGCUCAGAGUGGACAUCUACGUAGACAUCAAAUGACUCACACUGGGGAAAAACCCUAUAAAUGCCUGGAGUGUGGAAAGAGCUUUACUCGUAAUUUUUGUCUACAUUUACAUCAAAGGACUCACACGGGGGAGAAACCCUAUACAUGCCUGGAGUGUGGAAAGAGCUUUGCUAUCAGGGGGCAUCUACAUUCACAUCAAAGGACUCACACGGGGGAGAAACCUUAUAAAUGCAUGGAGUGUGGGCAGAGCUUUACUCAGAGUGGACAUCUACGUUUACAUCAAAGGACUCACAUAGGAGAGAAACCCUAUAAAUGCGUGCAGUGUGGACGCAGCUUUACUCAGAGGGGAAGUCUACGUAGCCAUCAAAGGACUCACACUGGGGAGAAACCCUAUACAUGCCUGGAGUGUGGAAAGAGCUUCACUUAUAGUUCAGGUCUACGUUCCCAUCAAAGGACUCAUACGGGGGGGAAACCCUAUACAUGCCUUGAGUGUGGAAAGAGCUUCACUAAGAGUGGAAGUCUACGUUCACAUCAAAGGACUCACACUAGCGAGAAAUCCUAUACAUGUCAGGAGUGGGCAAAGCUUUUCUCAGAGGGGACAUCUACAUAGACAUCAAAGGACUCACACUGGGGAUAAACCCUAUCAUGAUGAAAUAUGAUAGAUAGUAUAAAUGAAUUGUAUGAAACAUGAAUGAAUGAGAGUUAAUAACUUUGGAGACACCAUUCUGAAAAUCAAGGCCUGCAAUGAAAAAAAUCAUUAAGUACACUUAAAGGUAAAGGUAAAGGUUUUCCCCUGACGUUAAGUCCAGUUGUGUCUGACUCCGGGGGUUGGUGCUCAUCUCCAUUUCUAAGCUGAAGAGCCGGCGUUGAAGAGCCGUAGACACCUCCAAGGUCAUGUGGCCACUGGCAUGACUGCAUGGAGCGCCAUUACCUUCCCGCUGGAGCGGUACCUAUUGAUCUACUCACAUUUGCAUGUUUUCGAACUGCUAGGUUGGAAGGAGCUGGGGCUAACAGUGGGUGCUCAUUCCGGGAUUUGAACCUAGAAUCAUAGAAUCAUAGAAUAGUAGAGUUGGAAGAGACCACAUGGGCCAUCUAGUCCAACCCCAUUCUGCUAAGAAGCAGGAAAUCGCAUUCAAAGCACCCCCGACAGAUGGCCAUCCAGCCUCUGCUUAAAAGCUUCCAAAGAAGGAGCCUCCACCACGGCCCCGGGGAGAGAGUUCCACUGUCGAACAGCCCUUCUCACUGUGAGGAAGUUCUUCCUGAUGUUCAGGUGGAAUCUCCUUCCUUUCCUGUAGUUUGAAGCCAUUGUUCCAUUGUGUCCUAGUCUGCAGGGCAGCAGAAAGGAAGCUCCCUCCCUCUUCCCUGUGACUUCCCUUCACGUAUUUGUACAUGGGACCUUUUGGUCUGCAAGUUCAGCAGCUCAGCGCUUUAACGCCCUGCAUCACCACCAGGGGCCCAACUACACUUAGGAAAUGUAAUUAAAAUUCGCUGAACUGCUGACAUUGAUAAGAACUGUGACAAAUGAUUAACUGUUGAACCUUUUGUGAAAAACAACUUGUUUACGUUAAUCAGAAACAAUGGAUCUUUAAAUUAAGGGAAUUUUACAACAUUCCUUAUGUUGAGAAAGAAGUCAAGAAAAUGUUUACAAUAUUCCUUAUGUUAAGAAGUAAGUCAACACAAGGCUGCUUGCAUUUGACAAUACCAAUUACACAGAGUCAACAUCCGCCAGGAAACUGAGAUGGAGCCAGGAUCUUUCAGGAUGGAAGACGUCUAUCAUUCAUUUAUAACUUUGAAACAACAUCAGCAGAAAUAUUGCUGUAUAAGAGAGAUUAUUACAACCCCAAAAGUGUGGCACACAGCAGAGCUGCUCACCCACCAUCCUCUAUGGAGAGAUGGUCUAGGAAGAGAGUCCGAUCUGCAAUGGGAUGCUGGAGUCUAGACCAGGGGUCCCCAAACUAAGGCCCGGGGGACGGAUGCGGCCCACCAAAGACAUUUAUCUGGCCCCCACGGCACAAGGGCUUGAAAGGGGUUGGGCUAAAUGACCCAAGGGUUCUCUUCUCUUAAAACCAUUAUUAUUAUUAUUAUUAUUAUUAUUAUUAUUAUUAUUAUUAUUACUGCUACUACUAAUAAUAUUAUUAUCAUUAAGGCUGGGUGGCCAUCUGUCAGGGGUGCUUUGCUUGUGCUUUUGGUCCACAGAGGCAGAAGGGGGUUGGACAAAAUGGCCCAAGGGGUCUCUUCCAAGCCUCUAUUAUUAUUAUUAUUAUUAUUAUUAUUAUUAUUAUUAUUAUUAUCAUCAACACAACGACGUUGUAUGGCACAGCAAACAAGAUAGAUAUGCUGGAUUUCGUUUUGCAAAACCACAAGUCGAACACUUCCCAAGUGUCUAGGACUGUGUGAUGUAUUAUCUGAUGAUGUGUGCAGAUCCAUUAUUAUUAACAUUGAGGCUGGGUGGCCAUCUGUCAGGGGUGCUUUGCUUGUGCUUUCAGUGCACAAAGGCAGAAGAGGAUUGGACUCAAUGGCCCAAAGGGUCUCUUCCAUCUUUUAUUAUUAUUAUUAUUGCUGCUGCUGCUGUUGUUAUUAUUUUUACUAUUAAUUAUUAUUAUUAAUAUUAUUAUUGCUCGGUGGCCAACUAUAGUCCGUCCGGCCCUCCAAUGGUCCGAAGGAUUGUGAACUGGCCCCCUGUUUAAAAAGUUUGGGGACCCCUGGCCUAGACAUUGGGACCUCCUUUUCUCAAGGGAAGAGAACGGCGUGCAUUUUGGAGUCAUGGUCCUUGUUGCAGGGAGUCAGUUUCUGCUGUAUGGAAAACAGGGAUCUGAUCCUUGGCCUUGUUCUUCGGAAAAGGAGGCAUUUUGGCCUUUUAGAAGUCUUGGUGCGUUGGCAGAUUUGCAAGGAAGCAGUCUGGAUGUUUGUAUGUGUCAGUGAACGCUGAGUGAAAAUGUAAUCUCCCCUUGUUUGUUUGUUAGCCAAUGUAACUGUAGAUUGUUUGUGAAUCUGUAUUUCAUUCUUUGUGCAAAAGUUCUGAUCUACCCUCUCACACUGAAAUUGCAAUAAAAGAACUUUUGUUUAAAAAGUA